AAUAAACAAAUAGAAGGAUUCACCGAUGCAAUCAGGGACUGCUUGUGAAUUUAUUUCAUCUGAAGAAUAAGUAGUUUUGCAAUGGACAUAAAUGAAGGUGACUCAGAGCUUCAAUCUGAUGAAAUAAGUUCCACCAGCAGUUGGGAAUUUUUAAGAAAUAAUACAAGUACAGAUUUGUAUCGUCCUCUUCCACGCAGACCUUUGAGACCUUAUCAAGUCUACACCUCCUAUCCGAGGAUUUCCUGUCACCAAUUUGUUUCACAUCGUUUCUCCUUUCCUUUACGAAUGGAGUAUGGAUCCAGACCUCUGCCUGGCGUCAGCACUCGCAGGGCCUUCGCCACCGUGACUGUCAUCUUCCUCGUCUCACUGCUGGCGCUCACUUGCGUCUACAUGAAGUUCCCGGAGCUGGAGGAGCAUGAAAAGCAACAUGUGAAAAUUCCCAGAGAUAUUGAUGAUGCCAAGCAGCUGGGACGUGUUUUGGACAAAUAUAAGGACAGAUACUUUACUGAAGUUCUGGGUGCCAUAUUUGUCACCUACAUAUUUCUUCAAACGUUCGCCAUUCCCGGCUCGAUCUCGCUGUCCAUCCUUUGUGGGUUCCUGUUCCCGUUCCCAUUAGCCUUGAGCCUAGUGUGCUUCUGCUCCGCCACUGGCGCAUCGCUAUGCUACCUGCUGUCGCUGUUCAUGGGGCGACGCGUCGUCUUCAAGUACUUCCCCGACAGGGUACUCCAGUGGACCGCGGUGGUGAACAGGCAUCGAGACAACUUAUUCAACUACAUGUUUUUUCUGAGGGUGACACCUUUCCUUCCCAAUUGGUUCAUCAACAUUGUGUCUCCAAUCAUUGAUGUCCCUUUGUCCGUUUUCUUUAUUGGAACAUUCCUGGGGGUCGCCCCGCCGUCGGUGGUGGCCAUACAGGCCGGCCAGACGCUGUACGAGCUGUCCGCGUCGAGCGACGCCUGGUCGUGGUACUCCGCGGUGGUCCUGGGGCUGCUGGCGGUCCUGUCCUUGGUCCCCGUGCUCUUCAAGCAGAAGCUGAAGCACAAGUUUGAGUAGAGCCCCUGCGUGCCCUGCACGGGGCGGCUGGCCACCUGGUCCGGGGCAGUGGACACGAGCAGCUCGUGUGUGUGUGUGUGGUGCGGGUUCCGUCACAAGUCAGCUUGCCGAGAGUGUCGCGGGUGUGUGGAGUGCCUGAGACCGAGAGAAUGGUGAGGUAGAGACAAGAUUGUAUGGUGAAUGGCGAUUAAACCAAAAACACAGAGAAAAAAAACAUGUCUAUACACCAUAUAACGCUGAUAAACAAGUUAAUACUCUAUGAAUCGUGAAAUUAAUCAGCAUAUUUAUUCAAAAUUAAACUCAGAUUACAAAAAUGUUAAAUUUUAGUAUAGUACAUAUUAAUUUUAAUGAAUUUAAUUUAUUUAGCAUGGAGUUAGUACCAAAAUGUAUACGUACUAAAUAUUUUUGGGAAAAAAAUUUUGAUUUUUUUUAUAUUGCAACUGUUAUUAGUAACUAAUUUACAUUACAACAUUGGAACAUUUUACAAACGCACAUAUACUUGCUGAUUUGUUUUUUAUUGUUCCCAGUAGUAAGACAUGCUUAUUACAAAUUAUUAUAUUUUUAAAGUUUAUCAUUCAGUCAAAAGGACUUUGUUUUGGUGAAGUAAGUAUCAUUGAACAAGUAAGUGUUGUAUUUAUUGAUAAUUUUGCUAUCUUUAUGAAUAAACAGAGUUUAUAAAAAAUAAAAGCAAUAACAUUGAAAUUUUUUGUUUUAAAAACAAAAUUUGCCUAAAAACAAAACCAUAAAAUCUUGUCUCUAGUUACUACAUAUGUUUGUGUGCAAGUUUUUCACCUUUCAAUUGUCAUAUGUGAUUUCGUUUUUCCUUUGUUGUUGUUCAAAUGUUAUUUUACUUUGUCAUGUUAACAUAAAUAUGUUGAUCUGGUGUUAAUUUAAAUUGAUUUUAUCAUUCCAUAAACUAUGCAUAAAUGCCAUUUUAUAGAAACAUGAAAAAAUAAUAACUCUGCAAACGUAAUUGUAUUGUCUUCCCCAGCACAAACAGUGGCUAGGAAUCACUAUCUUCAUAGCCAUACACAGUUGUGUUUUGAAUUCUUAAACUGUUUGAUCAAAAACUUAACUUAGUCAGAAUUUAUUUUUACAUCAUUAGACAAAGUAGAUAUUCAUAUCUAAUUAAUUUAGUGAUAAUUGUUUAAACUUGGUAAAUUACUAUCCUGCUAACACAAAACUGAUGUUACUUCAGUGUAUGUACUGCACUUAUUUUCUAUAGUCACAACAGUAUAUAAAUUUUUUUGGAAAAAGAUGCAGUGUACACGUAAUGCAUCUACCAUUAACGAAACUCAAAGCAGAUGUUUGAUGUGGGCAGGGAUGCGAACAUGAGGCCCUGCAUAGCCCAAGAAUUUGCACGUGGCUUUUAACCAACACGAGUGGUCUCUGGAUAGAGGGUGCUUGUAUGCUGUAUCCUGCUGAUAUGUUGGCCUACGUGCAGAAAAUAAGCGGAAAACUUUUAUAAUGUAUAGAAAGUUUUCCAUGAAACAUAAUUUUGACAUUUACAUUUAUCAAUCCCGUUGCACAGCCACGAUUUGCAAGCGCAAGCGGGCCCCUUCAGUAGGAGGCUUUGUAAUUCCAGGGGGCAUCCGGGCCCCCUGCCUCUCCCCCCCCCCCCCCCCCCCCCCCGUAACUGUGCCCAUGGAUGCGGGCCUAAAUUAGCAGUGUAGGCAACAUAGUUAAGGUUGUUGCUAUGGCUAUCAUAAGUACCGUAAUCACUCGCGUAAUGUCCGCAGUAAUUUGACCACAUUUUUGGCCAAAAAAAUGGGGUGCAGACAUUAUGCGAGGAAAAAUACAAAAAUACAAUAUUUUGUGUUCUAUUCAAGUCGUGCGUCUUUGUUCUAAUGAGGAUGGGCAGGGGAGGCAGCGACGCAGCAAGAGGAAGAGAGAGGCAACGACUCCGCAGGGGGGCGAGGCAGUGCUAUGACUGGGGGGGAGAGAGGCAGAGGCAGCGCCUUGUCAGGAGGGGAGAGAGGCAGAGGCGUGGCUUAAUCUCCCUCCUGCCAGCUAGCCAGCCAACCUGACAAAGGAGUGUUAGAAUCCUUGACCCACUUCCCUUCCUCCUUCACUUCCCCUCUUCUUCUCCGACAACACUCCACAUCAACACAGCGGCAGCGCGCGAGACCAGCUUUCUUUAUCUUUAUGUCGUUUGAGAUAGGCGACUAACUGCUUACGUCUGGCAUGCCUCACGACGGUCCUACUGAGAACGGACACUUACAAAAUCACCUCCCGCCGCUCACAAUACAUGGCUUGUUGAUUGAUGCAUGCCAAGCUGCCCUGCCCUCAGAUAAACCCAGAAAAACACGUUUUUAAAUUUUUCUCAAAAAUGUUUACAAAACAAGGAGGGGGGCUUAUACGCGGGCGGGGCCUUUGACCGUGCUUUGUUCAGUUCAACGAAUUUCCCCACCCUUUCAGAACAGGAGAGAAAGGACAGUCAAGGUCACAGCUUUGUUUACAGAGCCGUCAACUUUCCAUUCGUACUGCGUCCUUUAGGGGUGGCCAAAGUUGUGUUGCCCGCCGUAGACGACUGGUGCGGACAUUAUGCGAAUUUUUAAUUUUUUCUUUUAAGGAUAUAUAAAUAAAGGGUGCGGACAUUAUGCGAGGGCGGACAUUACGCGAGUGAAUACUAUGUGUUGAACACAGAAAAGUCUGAAAAUGAUAAGCCACACAGUGUACACUUCGUUUGCAGGGCUUGGUUAUAAUGUAUACUUUCUUGUUUGAGAAGAGAAGUGCUGGGGAGCUGACAAGUGAAGGUGUUUAGUGUAGUUUUGGAAUCCUUGGUAGUUAGGUUGGAAAUGGAAAACAAAGUAUUACGUAGUAAUGUGGUUACUUUCACCAGGAUUGUGGGAACAGUUAACAAUGGAAGCAAAAUAAAUAUAUGAAUAUCAUUUCAUGGCACGUGUUAGCUAUAAGAAGUGGAUUAUUAAAAAAAAAAAGUUAAAAAAAAUUAUAAAGUAUUGAAAAAAGCAGUUGGGGGAAACACAUUUUAAAAAACAGUAAAAAAAAUGCAGUGUUGUGCUGUUACUAUUAACUUCAAAGUGAUCGUAAUAAUGGCUUUUCUUACAUUGAAAGUCAAUUGUGCUCAUAAAUGAACAUUUUGACUGGUAAUUUGUAAUGUUUCCAUCAAAGUGUAACUGUAAUGUAAUUAUUUAAUUGUUUGAAUGAGCAAAAUUAUGAAACAGUAAUGGGUUAUCAAGUAGAAUAUGUUUCUGUAUUGUCAUGGUCAGAUGUGCAUGUGUAUGUUUUCUUGUUAUUUUGUAUUACGUGUUUAGAUAUUUGAAAAGAAGCAAUUCUUUCUAGAGUGGUAUAUUUGCUGUUCCUAAUUGCCAGUAGGGCAUGGCAGCGAAACUUUGUGUGUGUUUUGGAAGGUAUAAAACUAAAAUACAAACCAGGGGCGAAAGGUUUUAAAUAGGGUUUUAAACAUUUUAAAAAUCAGGAAUUUUCACAUUGGUUAACUGUUCUACGAUUUUGAAGGCGCAUAACUUAAUUGUUAUUUUUAACCAUUAAUCAUUUUUAUAACUCAAUAUGUUAACAAUUAUAAAGUGAUUUUUACAAUUAUGUAUAGAACUUAUACAUAAAAUUAUAUAUACCAACAUUAAUUAUAUGUCAGCAUCACACAACGACACAAUAAGAAAUAUUGUACCUUAUAACCAACUACGUGCACAUUAAACUAGGCCCAAAAAAUAAAAUAUUUUUUUGUUUCCAACUCGUAAGGCAUUUGUGAAAGCUGUAAAAUCUUCUUUUAAAAAUUUCUUUCAAAAUCCCUGAUUUUCAAUUGAGCAUCAGUAAACAUGUGCGUCAUGUCAGGAGCUGGUAUUAAAACUAAAAAAAUGUUUGUAAUCAAAUAUAUUACUACGAUGAGUUUUAGAGUGCUACUUUUCAAACACAGUCACAGCCACACUGGCCGAAUGCCUUAGUCUUUGUCUACAGACUUCUAUCUCUCUCCCUUCUGCUCCCCUUUUCCUCCCACUUUAUGUUUCCUCCCUAACUUCCCCUCUUCUGCUUGUAUGCCUGGUGGAAGCAAAGCCAGCCAUUGGUCCUUUUGCAGUGUAUAACCUGCAUGGCCUAGACCUGCCGAGGGACGAGUUUACAUUUCACUACUUUUCAACAAUCCAUUCUGUGUAGUGGGGAUCUUAAAGACGUUUACUGUAAAAAAAAUUUUAUAUAAUCAAUCCUUUAACUACGUUUUAAUUCGUCAUACACAUGCAUUUAUUGUGGGAGAAAAGUGAGCGGAGCGCGGGUUUGGUUUUCCAGUCCGGCUGCAUGGUACGCAGAAUAUGUGAAGAUAGCCGAGCGCUGAGUUUCGGUGUAAGAACAGGUCAACAGAAAAUGGAUUGUGGUAUUUAAGAGAGAAGUGAAUAAUAAACGUUGCCUCGAAAAUUUAUUGUCCGUUUUAAAACUAGUAAUUCUACUGGAAUAAUUCAUUGGAGUAACAGAUUCAGAAUCUAAUUAAAAAGGUAUUUUAUCCGUCCUGGAAGUAGAGGAACCGACGAUUCCCUUGGUUCCGUGGAAUUUUCGCCCCUGGUACAAACUCAGCAUGAACUUGUAAUAAAAAUAAGUAGUGUAAGCUGUCAAAAUGCCUGUUUUAUUCUAGUGUGUGUUGUAAUGGGUGACAAAGAUACAAUCCAACAUUAAAUGAUGAUUAUUUAUGGAUAUGCCAUUAUGGCACGUGUGUAGACCCUAGCUGUUUAGACAUCAACAAUGUACCAGUAAUUUUGGCCUUAAAUAAGUGAUUCCAAGGUUUUACAAGACAAUAAAGCAAGUUUUGCUGUCUCACAUGAUACAUAGUUCAUCCAAAUUAUUCAUUUAUUGAACAAAAAUAACCAUGUAAUUCUGGUAAAGCUGUUUUAAUUGAAAGUUUGUAGAACAUUGAUUUCAGUUAUACUAGAUGUAAAAUUUCUCUAUAAAAAUGAUCCCAUACUACCAGGCCAUUAGGUUGUUAAAUGAAAAGCAUCCAACUAAAGCAUGUUCAUACUGAGAUAGGCCCCUGAGUGUAAAGUUAUAGUUUCUUCAAUACUGUACUAUCAUACUACUCCCAUUCCUACACCUCUUUGCUAAAAAUUUAAUUCUCAUAGUGUUAUGAGAAACACUUUCAAAAAAUAUUGAAAUUUGCAAAAGUCUUCUUUUCUGCUGUUAUAAUUGACAAAAAAAGUUAAUCUAGUUUGGUUAAGUUGCCGGUUUAUGUUUCUCAUUUACAUUUUUUUUUUAGGUAAAUUGAAUUAUUUUUCUACUUAAGUAUGUUGGCCAGUAAAACUUUGUCUUGAUUUGUCUUUUUGAUUGAUCUUCUUAAGAAAUGUCUUAUUGAAUUUGAAACUAAAAUUUAUGCAGUUUAGUGGUAGUCCUAGUUUUAUUUUAAAACAUUUUUUUUAACCUUUAUUUGAGAUGUUUUCAAUUUCAGUUUGUAGCCUGUUACUCGUACAUUUUUUUUUUUCAUUGACAGCUAGCAGAUGUAAUAGAAAUUAAGUUAAGUAGCAAGUGUAUCUUUUGUUGGGAAAGAAUUAAUUUGAAUUGCCAGGAAUAAAUGUUAUUAAUUCAAGAGUGUAAGAUGUAUUAAUUUUAAAAAAAAGCCAAAAAACUGCUACUGCUUUGUUUAUGGGAUGAACUAGUAGUAUAAGUGGGUACAAAGAACUUUUUAACUGUAAAAAUCAAAUUGUAUAUUGAAGAAAGCAUGUAAUUGCUUAGCAUGUGUCCUGCAAGGCUGAUAACCCUUAGGCCCGUCGCACACGAGCCAUUUAAAACUGAUACUGUUAUUGCGUUUAAAAAAAAUAGAUAUCUAGCAAUUCAUAGGCAGUCUGAUCCAACAAAAUCUACAGUCUGUAUUGCACAUCUAUAAGGUGAUAAAAGCAUUGUUGUCUGCAGUCCUGCAAUGCAAUCAUAAUGGAACCUGGACAGACAUUUUGUGCAAUGAAAAAUAAUGUCAGAGCACACACUUUCCAUGAAUCUUCAUCCAAUUUGCAGUCUGGUGUUCCAUCCAGUGUUGUAUAACUUUCUGUUUCCUCCAGAAAGCCAUCGUGGUUGAGUGGUCUCAGGUCACCGAACUCCCACAACGAUGAACUGGGAUCCAUUCCAAGCGGGGUCAGCACUGGAUUUUUCGCAAUUGGGAAACGUGGAUGUUGUCAUAAGCUGAUGGGUUUCUCUCAGGGUUUUCUCCCAUUUCCACCACCUAUUUAUUCCAUCAAUACACCAUUCACAUCACUUUACCCCUCGUCAUCCAUAAUGACCUCGAUGACGAGAUAUUAAGUCCAACUCAUUCGUUCACUCACUCAUUUUACCACCACAGGGAAACAACCACCCCUUCACAAUGAACACAAGUCCAGCUUUGCCAGUGACACGACCGAGACUGAGAUCCUGAAACAGUUGAGAAAAUGAGGAUGAAGACAAUGUCUUUUACAGGUUUAUGUUACCAAGUGUUAGUUCUUUUACCAUGGCUAGAAAUUUUAACUAUGAAGUAUGUUUGAUAUAGAAAAUGGACUGACCAAAACCCUACAUGAUUCUUCAGUCAUACUCGCGUACGAGGACAAAUUUCUCCAAUGCCUAGUAGUCAUUUCUGUCUCCAAAUUAAGUGUCUCCUCUCAAAUUACGAAUGUGAGGGACUAUUUCUCAUAUCUCAAUUAAAAUGUGGAAAUGUGACAUUACUAAAUCUUGACUAAUUUUUAAAAAACAUUGCAGUCUAUUUAACCCUCUUAGUGCCAGCCUCUGCUAGGAUGGUAAUGCUAAUAUUGCCAGGUCUUUUUUAACUAAAUUGCAUCUCUAGAGUUUAAUUUUAAUAACUUUUUAACCUUUAGUGUUAUAACUAUGAAAUUUCUCCUGUUUAUAGAUAAAUGUUUUCUUUUGUCACUUCUCAUGUUUAAACAUAAAAAUUUUCAUCUUAUUUUAUUUUUGUUGAUUUUUAAAUUAAAAAAUAAUAAUUAUUAAAUAUUUUUUAUGGAUUGUAAUGUGGAUAGGGAGUAGUUUUGUCAGUAAUAUUCUUUUGUUUGAAUUUUUUUUAAAUAUUUAAUUGUUUUUCUUUAUGAUAGUAUAAUAGCAAUGUAAUUUUUUCCAAUAUUUAUUGUAAUAAUAAUUUUUUGAAAAAAAAAAAAAAUCAUUGCUCUUCUAACUGUGUGACAAUUCUAAUGAAAUCUUCUCUUAGCCUAAUUCCAACUAUUUAGUGUAUUUUGAAUCUUUAUAAUUUUUUUAAUAAUUAUAAGUCUGUUAUUAAUGUAUGGUAUUUAAAAAGUAAACGAUAUUAUUAAAAAAUUAUGCAUAACUAUUGUAUGUUUUUAUACAAAUUUAGGUGAAACUGACUUUCAAAUUUUAGAAGAAAAUUUUUGACUUGGUUUAUCAGCAUUUUACAUUAUCACUUUUUUUUCAAUUAAAAAUAUAAAAACUGCUGAGCGUAUCUAUUGGUUUCCUUUACCAGAAGCUGUAGUAAGGAAAAAGUAAACAUUAGCUGGAAAAAUGCUAUUUGCUUCGAAUUUCGAGGUGGUAAAUGUUUGGUCCAGCAUUUUCUAAACCUGGGGUAUGUUGUGUUUUGGUGGUGAAAAUGUUUUCACAAGAAGACCUGAUUAUAUUAUUUACGUCAGUAAGUUCAUUUUCAUACGACGAAUCACUUGAACUAUCGCCUGAAUUCGUACGAAGUGAUGCACCGGCUGUAAUAUAUCUAACCGCAGCCACUGGAGUAAGUCUCGGUGUGUUUGAAGUAGAUGGUAAAUCCUCUACCUAAUCGGUACUUGUUUCGUUGUCACUUGUUGUAUCACUUUCACAAAUAUCACUAUCGAGCGAAUAAAAAUAGUCGAGCAUUUCUUUGUCAUCUUUACCCGCAAUGUAUUUUCUUUUCCGAGACAUUAUUAUGAAAACGAGAACAAAAGCCUUGAUCGCACAAAGUUUCGCGGUGGUAUUAGUUUGAAUAAUAGAGUAUAAAAAAAUAGAAUAACAUCAUUUUCCACUGAGAAAUAUGCGGGAAAACGUGUUUACUAUUACUAUAAUAAUAAUUUUCAACGCAGAAUAAUCAACGGUAUAAAAUCCUAUGCAAUUUGUAAUAUCCACGAAACUGGUAGUUACAUAUACCGUUUACCUAAAAUGAACCAUUGUUGUCAUAACUUUGAAAAAAUACAUUUGUAGAAAUUGCCGGAAAAAAAUUUCAUGACAUAAAAGAAUUAAAAUAAAGAAUUUACAAAAGAAACAAUUUUUUUUUUGAAAAGGGAAAGUGUUUCUUUAGAAUAAAGAAAUGCAGCAAAACGCGGUUUCUAACGCUGUGCGAUGUCCAGCAGUAUGACACUUAUACUCUCUGUUGUGAGAAAAAAGAACUAAAUAGUAGGACACUUUCGCUACCUGUUAACAGAAAAAGGAACUAGAUAGUAGGACACUUCAUUUGACAAAGGUAGAAUGCGCUGCUAGUAACAAAAACUGUCUUGAAAACGGGAAAAAAAAAUCGGGCCGAUUUUUCGGCCCUGGCAAUUUUCGCACAACAAGGCAAAGCCGAUUUAUCGGACUUUGGCACUAAGAGGGUUAAGUUUGUUCUUUUUCAAACUAUGUACUUUAUAUUCAAACUUUUUUCUUUAUCAUUUUAACAUAAAGUAAUUGAGAUGGCAAGUACAUAAGUACAACAGUGAAAUGAGAUUUAUUUUAUGAAUGUACGAUAAAUACGUAACAUGCUGUGUGUAUAGAGCUUAUAUAAUUAAUAUGCAGGCCACUUAGUCAAAAUUUUCUCAUUUGUAACUUCAAUUGUGGAUAAAGUCUUAAUUUUCUUUUUAAAAUUUGUGUAUGUUGUAAAGCUGGGGUUGAAUUUCUUAUAUGAAUUUGAUUGCCAACAUUUCAGUCGGUGGAACGCAAGGCUGCAUAACAUUGUGCUCCUUUUGCAAAGCAGAAGACAGUCUGUAUGAUAUAAAUUCAAGAGCCGAAAUACUUACUCUUAAGUGACUGAAAAUUAUGUCUGUAUGCUAUAAUGCAGAUUGUUGAAAAUACUCGCUAGGUGCAAUACACCAAACUUAACACAUCAAAUAAUACUGUGCACUCAAGUUUUCUUUUACCAUUUUGCUUCUGAAGUAAAAUGGACUGAGUAGGUAAAGUCUUUUUGAAUAAGUGUAGGAAACAUGCUUUUUUGAGGAUCCACAACCUCAGGCUGCAGGGGAAGCUUACAAAACAGAUUAUUUUUAUUUUAAAUUUUUAUGCUACAAACUGUAGUGUUGAUGUUCUUGUCCGCUCCUAUGCCAUGAAAAAUGGAACAGAAGCAGAGCGUGUGUUACACCCAUCAAUUUCCUCCAAAAACUGAAUCCGAUUAGAGUAAGACGUUUAUCAGCUCAUCUGCGACGGGCCUUUCUGAAUGUGUAAAUCAUGUACUAAAAGCAUUCCAAACUGUUUCUCCAGUUAAAACAGUUUCAAUUAUUUUCUUUACGUACAUAUUUUGGUUUUAAUGUUCAUCCAAGUUAACGUAUCAGUUUUAUUUUGUAUAUAAUUUUAUUUUUGAGAUCUGCAUAGAAGAUAUUUUUCAAGAAAAUAAUUAGCACUAAAGUAAUUUUUUUUUCAAUUAAUUGUGCAUUAUGGUUGAAGUACAAAGUUUAUAAUAAAAUCUGUAAGAGCAACAAAUUUUACCCAUUCAGUCAGUAUUAAAGAUGUUUUCCUUGCAUGAUAUUUAAUGUAAUAGUUACAGUACUUUGUGCAGUUAUUCUUUUUGUGUGAAAAUAAGUAUUUUUUGAGCAGAUUGAAUGUAAAGUGUCAAAGUUGUUGUGAUGAAAUUUAACUGCCUUGACAAAUUGUUAUUGGUGCUGUUUUUGUUAUGUGUAUCCUCAGGAUUUGUUGUAUUUAUUGGGUUGUACAAAAUAUUUAUAGUUAAUAAAAGGUUACAGUAAUAUUGAUUUUCUAUUGUCACCACACUUUUAUUAAAAUGACCAAGUGUUAAUAAUUAUGAUGAAAAUAGUACAUAGAAUUGGUGUGCCUCUUGUAAAUUUUAUGUGGAGAUUUUCUUAGGCAAUGUUUGACUAAACAUGAACAGUGUACAAUGACACAUCUAUAAAAUUUAAGAACCACCAUAUCAGAUUCAGCAUUUACUGUUAAAAUGUGUGUUUGUUUAUAAUUUACUCUUUUUAAAGUUGAUUUAAAGUUGUCAAGAUAAAUUUUAAAUUGCUAUUUCUUUCUGUGGUGUGUUUGGUGAAGCAGUAUUUUUUUUAUAUAAAAUUUUUGGGGCAUUUCAAAGAUGAAUUGAAUACAUAUAAAAUUAACAUCAUAUUUUCAUGCUGUGAUUUUAUUUGCUAACAAUUUAGUAAAUAAACUGUAUUGGAGUGUUGUUACAAGUACAAAGAAGCGAAUGCAGGCGCACUGCAAGUUUUAAGUGAUAGGUCUAAAACUGUUUAUAUUUAACUAGGUGACUCGGCGAACUUCGUACCGCCUAACAGUCAAUGAAUGUUGUUUUAGCUUUUAGCUAAACUUAAUUUAGGUUUUUAUUAACGCAAUAAAAUGAAUAAUAAAAAUUCAAUAAAAGUACAAAAAUCAAGUAUUUCAAUGGCGUGUCAGCAAGACAUUUGCUUUAUAGAAGCUAUGUAUUUUGCUUCAUGGGUUGCACUCGGGUUGAUUCUCUUCAGUGAAGCACCUAGUAAUAUACGACAAUUUUCGUUUCGUUAUCAGGCGCAAGAACAUAUUAAGCGGAUGGUUUGCCGACACGUGAACAUACCACUUACAAUUGACCAUGAGAAAAUCAUGCAAUUUUUUAGAUUAAGACCACAAACACUUAAGGAUAGGCCUUAUGAUUUGUUAAUCGUCAUGGCAAAUGCAAGACGAAUCGGAAUCCUCGGAAUGAGAACUUCCUCACCUUUGAAUUAUUCUUUGAGUAUCAUCCCUUGAAUCACAGUGAUCAUCAGUUUUCUUAUCACCAAACGUGUUCCAUUGCAUAGUUUUGGUUGGUUUAGAAUUCGAAGCUUGAUGCCAACCAAGCCAUCCUCCAGUUGUAAUUGUGCGGUGUAAGCCAGGCACAUGUAAGGAGUUUAAAAAUUCAGUUGGAUAGUUGGUUGCUUCGUUUUUGUUUGUUUCACAGUCAUUAGAUUUGAAUAAAUUCAGAGUAACAAUGAUUUGAUUCUGAAUUACGAAGUUUAGGUCAUCCACAUCUUUUUUCUUAGCCACCAACAUUGCUUGCUCACUCAACCAUUUGUUAUUUUUGUGGUUAGCAAUGAAUUUCGGGAACACUUUGUUGAUAAGCUCGUUUUUCGAUGAGACGAAAUUGCAAAAAUUCUGAGGAAACGAAAUCAAUCCGCUCGAAUCAUUGACAGGAACACGGCCAUUACCGAUAGUCAGCAAUUGCUUGGAGAUAUCUUCAGCAGAUGAAUCGUUCAGCAAUGCAACUCUCAUGUUUGCUGCCAGCUGAAGUGUCUUCACAUAGCGCCACAAAUUUGAUGAUUUGAGGCAUGCGUUAAUUUCAUCAGCAGCAGUCGAUCUUAGAAUUACUGGCAGUGUUUAGCAGAAAUCGCCAGACAGUAAAAUCAUUGCGCCUCCAAAACAUCUUGAGUCAUUGCGCAGAUUUUUCAAUGUUCUGUCAAGUACUUCCAAUGCACGUUUAUGCACCAUUGUGCAUUCCUCCCAGAUGAUAAUUAUAGAUGCUCCUAAAACUUUGGCUAUUGUGGGGUGUUUCGCAAUGUUACAUAUCGGUUGUUCAGUAGUUUGAAGGUUUAACGCUAAAUGAACCGUACGGCAUCCUUCUAACAAUGUGGCCGAUAUUCCAGAAGAAGCAACUGCUACCACAAUAUCGGAUCUUGCACGAACAUUGGCCAAAAUCAAUGACAUGAGGAAUGUCUUACCAGUUCCACUGGGGGCAUCCAGGAAAAAUAAGCAACAAUUUCCAUCAUAAAUUGCCUUCAUUAAUGUAUCAUACACUUCCUUUUGUUGGGGGUUCAACACGGGUACGUUCGUUUGAAUUGAUUGGUCUAAUUCAUGUUGAUCAUGUUCACGUUCACUUUACAAUUCUGGAUUAAAUGUGUCUUUCAUUCCACAAUCUGGCGCUGGCAUUCCUAACCUGACCAACAAACUGCUAAACAUGAGGUAAUACAUGUCUUCAAUCAAGAGCAAAGCCUCGUUAUGCAUCUCCUCAUUCACCUCAAGAUCAGGAUUUCUUGAACUGACACGAAUUCGAUGUAAAAUUACUUCUGACAUGUUAUCCUUGUAUUUGUUCCAUAGGUAAUGUAGAUUCGAUGGGAAGCAUGACGAAAUGAUGAUAGCAAAUAUCUCCUGGAGAUGCAUAAAUAAUUGCUUCAGCGAUUGUCUGGUCCCAAUGAGUAUCGUUUUCAAGCAAGUUGAGCUCUUGACAUGCAGCAUGAAAUUAUGGGCACAUUAUACCAUUGACAGUUCGUAGUGAUUCAAAUGAUGUUGGUCCACGAACAUUCACCAGUAACAACCGCAAAUAGAAGCAUUCAUCAUUCUUUGGAUGAACUCUGUAAAUACAACCAAGAGCAUCAGUAAAAUGCACAUAAUGAUUACCAGGAACCACGUCGCCUUGCUUCUUACAUUGAAAUGUCUUCAAUGAAGCGUUACAAGUGUAAUAAUGUGGCAUCUCCGAGUAAAGCAACUUUCGUGCAAAUGUAUCGCUUUGGCAAAUCGCUAAGAAACUGGUCAAUUUUGUCGCUGGACGUGCUUCAGCACGUUGAGAAAAAUUUGACGUGGUGAAAUAAACUCGUUGACCAUUCUCCAGAUGCACCGCCAAAUGUUCAACAGUGGGAUAACAUUCGUGAAUAGGGAAUGAGAAUAUACUGCAAAUCACCUCAUUGCAGUUCACAUAUUGACUGACUUGAUAGCGCGUCAUUUCAUCUUUGUUAUUAGAGGUUUGGCUACCAAAAACUGCCAUAUCGCUGCCGUUCGUGACAUAUUUGCAGAUGUUUUGAUGGACUUCACCGAAUUGCAAUACUCAACGUUGCAAUGUGUCUUGAAUGUUUUGGAAAGAAGUGGAGAAUAUAGAAAAAUCCAACUGUUGUCAACCACGAAAUUGUUUCCUUUCACUUUCGUUGUGAUAGUUCGACCAUUAUCAUCGGGAAAUCGACCAUGAUACAGUGGAUAACCAUCGUUGCUAAUAAUGGUCUCCGCCAUAACUUUUUGUGGAAAACGUUUGGAACACUUGCCAUCGACCGUGAACGGUGAUUGGGGAUUAAUGGCACCACACAGUCCAUUAAUAAUAUUCGUAAUAACAUCAUCAUGUAGACAGGAUCAGGAUCAGGAAUCUCUGCACAUAUGAUAUCAUCUAUUUGGUGUGGUCGAAUUUUUUCGACUAACCAAAUAAGAAUUAGUGCAUGUGGCAAGCUUCCUUUUUGCCAUUCGAUUAAUA